CAACGAGCCCCUCAUUUGCAUCCCUUGAAAUUGAUUGUCCUGGCUCCUUUAUUUUCUUUAUUACAUCUCGCGGUCGUAUCUACCUAGUCUUUGACGCUUCAGCAACUGGUUCGGUCUUGCUUAAAGUCUAUGACUGUUAUAUUGUGAGGCUGCGCAGAAAUAUUGGUUAAAUAUUCCUCCCAGGGCUGACGAAUCCACCCAAUCUCGACUUCUGGGCAAGGUAGCCUGAUUAAUUAGGAGAAGGCCUCUAAGAGAUCAACGCAUUCUCAAACUCAUCACUUCAAUCCAACACCAAAAUUCUCAACUCUUCUUCAACUGAAAACGUCACCAUCCUUUUCUUAGACAAGGAGUUUUCUUUUACGCAUCAUACAUCGUCCCCAACCCGCGACACCAAACACAGGCAGUGGCGUCAGCACUUAAUCUAUCCUGCCAACCAACCACAUUUCAACAUCACUCAUCAACAUGGCUGACAACAAUUCAUCCUAUACCAUUGCUCCUUUAGAGCACACGCCCCUCGAUGAGAUCGCCGCCAAGGUCGAUCUCAUGAGGAAGACCUUCAGAUCAGGCCGUACCAAAGACAUAGAGUUUCGCAUGAUUCAGAUUCGCAAGCUGUACUGGGCCAUCGUCGACAACACUGAACUGAUGCAAGAUGCUCUUAUCAAAGAUCUUCGCAAGUGCAAGUACGAGGCCGUUCUGGCCGAGAUUGAUUGGUGCAAGCAAGAAUGUAUCGACAUGGUCAAUAACAUGGAAAAAUGGCUACGCGAUGAGCCUGUCCCCAAUGUUCCUUUGCAAUUUCGUGCCAUGAAGCACCGCACUCGCUUCGAACCACUCGGGGUUGUCCUUAACAUUGGAUCCUUCAACUUCCCUUUUCAGCUCAACCUCCCUGUUGUCAUUGGCGCGAUCGCUUGUGGUAACUGUGUUGUUCUCAAGGCCUCUGAAUCAUCUCCCAACUGUGCCAUGGUGCUCAAGAAGAUCUUCGACGAGUCCCUGGACCCCGAAUGUUUCACAUAUGUUAAUGGUGCUUUGCCCGAGACUCAACUUCUGCUCGAGCAGAAGUUCGACAAAAUUUGUUUCACCGGCGGCAAGGCAGUCGGCAAGAUUAUUGCCCAGAAGGCUGCCGAGACCCUAACUCCUGUGCUUCUCGAGCUCGGUGGUUUGAACCCAGCCUUUGUCACCAAGAACGCCAACCUCAAAUUGGCCGCCAGACGACUUCUGUGGCAGAAAUCUCUCAAUGCAGGCCAGGUUUGCAUGUCUCACAACUACAUCCUCGUCGAGCGAAGUGUUCUUUCUCAAUUCUUGGGGGAGCUCAACAACCAGAUGCGCACCUUCUUCCCCAAAGGCGCCAAGAACAGCCCUGAUCUUUGCCGCAUCGUCAAUGCUGGCCACUUCAACCGCCUCAAGAAGAUGCUUGAUGGCACCAACGGCAAGAUUGUCCUGGGCGGCUCCAUGGACGAAUCUACCCUGUUCAUGGAGCCAACGGCGGUGCUUGUUGACGAUAUCAACGACAGUAUGAUGACCCAAGAGGCGUUUGGCCCCAUUUUCGCAAUGAUGGCGGUUGAUUCCCUCGACCAGGCCAUCGACAUUGCUAAUACAGUUGACCCGACGCCUCUCUCUCUUAGCGCCUUUGGAAGCAAGGCUGAGAACAAUAAGAUUCUGGAUAAUGUUACCUCUGGCGGCGCCACAUGUAACGAUGCCUUCUUCCACUCUCAGAUUCCACAGUCUCCCUUGGGAGGUGUUGGCCAAUCUGGAAUGGGCAACUAUCAUGGCAUCUACUCUAUCAGAACUUUUAGCCAUCAGCGUACUAUCGCCGAAGUCCCUUACUGGGCUGACUUCCUCUUUCGCGUGCGAUACAUGCCAUACCAGUGGCCCGUUAUGAAUCGAAUGAAGGCUGUUGCCGACUCAAAACCUAACUUUGAUCGCAACGGUAACAAAACCAAGGGAAUUACAUACUUCCUUGCGCUGGUCCUCGGUCUCGGAUCAAAGAAGUCCAAGGGCGCUCUUCUCAGGUGGGCCGUCCUCGUGGUUGCAGCCGCCAUACUGGAAGCAAAGAAAGGUGUUCUGAGCCAAUUGCUCACACGAUAAUCAUCUAGUUAAUCCCUCCCUCUUAUUAGUCAGUCAUAUAUCAUGAGAAGGCCUUGCUAAAACAAGGGGGCUCCCCGAGACUCGGUGGUCUAACACCAUUUGCUGAGAAAUGGAAAGCAGUUACGGUGGUAAUUGGAGGAUACCCCUCGUAUGUACGGUUACAUGUAAAAUGGUCAAAUAGUUCUACCUUAAUUUCUGUAAAGCAUUAUAGCGACAUCUAUGCUCUCUGAAGUACAUCCUAAUGCACCUGAUCAAGGUGUUGAUGAUUCAAACAAAAUAACAAAAACUUGAUAUUGCGC